GGACACCCCUCCCAACCUCCACCAGGAGUUCUCCUGUUCUCCACUGCUCUGCCAGCGCACUCUCGAGUCGACGGUUACUCCCCAACCUCCACCUCUGCACGAGUCAAGAUGUUCUGCAAGUCUGCUCUGCUUUCUCUUGCUCUCGCCGUUGCUGUCUCUGCGAGCCCGAUUACGCAGGACGGGGGUAUUGCCAUCGCUCUCACCAAGCGCGGCUCACUGACCCAUCCCAACGGGACGUUCAACGGCGAGAAGGCCGUCGCAGCCCGCCUGAAGCUCGAGAGCAAACACCGGCAGAACCUCAUCAACCUCGAGCACAACAUCGGCAGCGCGAAGUUCCAGGAGCUCUACCCGGGCGUCGACACCUCCAAGCUCGCCAAGCGCGCCGGUAUUCCUCUGACCGACCAGGAAGACGACUUGGAGUGGACGGGCUCGAUCAGCAUCGGCUCCCCCGCGCAGACCUUCAACGUCGACUUCGACACCGGUUCCGCCGACCUCUGGGUGCCCUCUUCCAGUUGCUCGAGCUGCAAGGGCCACAAGCAGUACAACCCCUCCCGCUCGUCGACCAGUCAAUCCGAGCGCGGCUCCUUCUCUAUCGAGUACGGUGAUGGCUCCACCGCUAGCGGUUCUGUAUUCACCGACACCGUCACCGCUGGGGGCGUCACCGUAACUAACCAGUACCUUUCUGGGGUGACCUCGGAGUCUUCUGAGUUCACGCAGGACCCAGCUGAUGGUCUCAUGGGCCUCGCGCUCACCCCCAUCUCCGAGCUCGGCCAUGACCCCUUCUUCGUCAGCGCCGUGAAUCAGGGCGUCGUCGCUGAGAGUGUCUUCGGCUUCAAGCUCGCGCCCUCCGGCUCCGAGCUGUACAUCGGCGGGACGAACUCGCGCCUAUUCUCAGGCUCGCUCGAGUACCACCCCAUCGUCAAGAACAACGGGUUCUGGCAGAUCGGCAACGGCAAAGCGCUGCUCAACGGGCGCACCGUCGCGUCGGACAUCCAAACAAUCAUCGAUUCCGGCACGACGCUCAUGGGCGCGGCGGAGAGCACCGUUGCGGCGUUCUACAACAACAUCCCCGGGUCGGGAUUCAACGACCAGUUCCAGACGUACACCUUCCCGUGCGACCAGACGCCCCAGGUGUCGUUCAGCUGGGGCGGCAAGACGUGGGCAAUCGACGAGAAUGACUUCAACCUCGGUCAAGUCAGCGGCAACGACUGCGCCGGUGCUCUCACUGUGGUUGACCUCAACCAGCCCAGCAAUGUCUGGCUCCUCGGCGACACCUUCAUGAAGAACGUUUACACCGCUUUCUCUAUCGACCAGAAUGCGGUCGGCUUCGCUGCUCUUGCUUAG